ACCUCCACCCCCACUCUGGUAUAAGGAUAAGCGAGGCCAGACAUAUCUUCACAUGUUUGCAGUUUGUAGUAGAUCUGCAGAUACCGUGGGCCCGCGGCAAGGAGUUAUCCUGGGCUGCUGCUGUCCUUGGUACUAGUACUGCUAGUCGUCGUCACAGCCCCGGCCCUGGGGCCUGCCCACCAGGACAGCCUCUGAAGAAAAGUUGUUGUUGUUGUUGUGCUGCUGCUGCUUCGGCAUGUUCGAUCCCUGCCUUCCCAGGAUUCUAGGACGCCCGUAUCUCAAACCAGGCCUUUGUUAAUCCCAUGAUUGCACCGACAAGGAGCCCUCAUACCAUAUGCCCAGUAUCAGACAAGCAAAAUAUCUGAUACGGAAAGGAACUUUGCAACGUCAUCGACUCACGGCCAUCCACGUACCACUCGGGGGCAGACAAGCAGCAUCAACUUCUGGAUAACUUCGAGAACAAUCUACUGGCUCUUGUUGCGCUCCCAGUCCCAGACCAGAUAUUCGAUGGUUCCUUUCAAGAAAGACUUGAUAUUGGUGGCCAACUUGCUCAGAAAGGUACGGGCAUAUCCAUAAACGUUCAAUUUCCUUGACAAUUCUCCAGCACGUAUAAAUCUUUCGCGAGCGUCUGUGGCCCGUCGGCAACCGCAUUUCCUUCAUGGAUGCAUUUUCUCGAAAGGAAGUUCUCUAGCCAGCCCAUGUGUCCGCCCGUGGCGCGCAGCUGAUCUCCUGCGUGCUCUCGAAAAACAAAAGCCAGAUGCUCGAGGAAGAACGGGAUUGACCAUGUGACUGAUGCUACUGCUGGUGGGAGAGUUUGGAGAUCUGGAGAAUCAGGCGUGGUGGAGAGAGGGGUUCGUGGAGGACACCAAAUAAGGAGCAGCACCAGCGAGGAGCGGCCAAAUAAUGGCGAGGCGACUGUCGCGCUCCUCCCCGAGCCCCGCCCGACAGGCUACCUGCCGCCGAUCCCUUUCCUCGCUGUCUUCGUCGUCCGGGCAAUCUCUUAAUGAGCUUACUGCGUGUGCGCGCGCUUGGUGGCCAGCACAAACAACAUCAAACUGGCUCACAUGGACCACACCACCACCCCGUGGCAACCGUGUCCCGGUCGGUGUUCACAUACGUACUACGUACCAGCUUUGGUCCGUCCGUCCGUCCUUGGAUGCCCCCGGGUUUGGGCAUAGAUUAUUGGUGGCCUUUUGGACCUUUCCCGGCCUAAUUUUCUGCUAGCUCCUCCCCCUUGGAGUGGAUCGCAAAGUGGUUUCCAGGGCGUGGUGAUAUGGGUAUCUUAUCUGUGACCGUCGUCAUGCUAUGCUUGAUGGUUCCCUUUAACUCUCUGCUCUGAGAAUGAAUGCUCGACCUUUUUGCAGACAAAAAAACUGUAAGCGCAUCAAUGAUUUGGUCUAGUUUGAGAUGGACUGGGUUCCACCAUUUUUUGCGCCUUACACAUACUGCACAGUGAAAAACUGCUUUUGUGCAAAGACAGGAUGCGUUUUUAGGGAUUUGUUUUGCAGAGUCUAGGCGACUCUUUCCAGUAGGCUUCUUCAGUUCGGUCAUGGGCCCUGGGCCCUGGAGACGAUGGGCCACAUUAGGCCCAACGAACCCUGGUGAAAGGUGAAACCACAUCCAUCCAGCAGGAAGCGAAAAAGAAUCAUGAACGGGUGAGCCUGCCUGCCUACGGCUGGCCGGACAACAUCCACGACACCCGCGCAAACCCUCGCGGCUAGCAAGCGAAAUCGGCUUCAGAUGAGGCUCCACUCGCCGAGUCUCCAGCAAGCCGCUGCAGGCGCCGGCGCGGGCGCCACCAACGCCCCCUUUGCAGCAGCUCUCGGCAAGAGUUCUUCGAGCUCCCUUAUCCAUGGCCGUCUCAGCUUCGGCCACGCGUCGCUGCAGACACCGAACCACCGCACCAAGAGAGCAGGGUGGGCGGUGCGGGUGCUUCCCCUGACGGAGGAGAACGUGGAGAGGGUGCUGGACGAGGUGCGGCCGAGCCUGAUGCGGGACGGAGGCAACGUGGCCCUGCACGAGAUCGACGGCCUCGUCGUCGUGCUCAUGCUCCAGGGCGCCUGCGGCUCCUGCCCCAGCUCCACCAUGACGCUCAAGAUGGGAAUUGAGUCCCGCCUCCGUGACAAGAUCCCCGAGAUCCUCGAGGUCGAGCAAAUCCACGACACCGAGACCGGGCUUGAGCUCAACACAGAGAACGUCGAGAAGGUGCUAGAUGAGAUCAGGCCGUACCUUUCCGGCACCGGAGGUGGAAGCCUCGAGCUCGUUCAGAUCGACGGUUUUAUCGUCAAGAUUGAAAUCAGUGGGCCUGCAGCAGGUGUAAUGACAGUACGUGUGGCUGUAACACAAAAACUGAGAGAGAAAAUACCAUCGAUCCUGGCUGUUCAGUUGACAGAGUAGAAAGCUGUGCAUCAAUCAAAGGAAGACAAAAUUCAGCUUUGUGAUUACGUUUCCAUGUCAGUACUUCAGUAUUUCAGUUCUGAAUCACUGCAGUGAAAUACUACUAAACAUACUAAUACAGUUGUUAUGUACAAGAAUUAUGUGGCUGGGAGAGUAGAAAACUCAUGUCACCGUUAAGUCUGAAAGAUAUAAUUCAACAAAACAUUCGACCAUUGUUA